UACUACUCGGCAGUUGACGAGGUCUUGUCAUCACUAAUAGCGCCGACUAUAAUUAACCCCAGCUCUUAUCGUGCGCGAGCUAUAUACCAGCCUGUUCUUGUGACCCACAAUAGGUGCCUGUUCUAGAUAAAGUAGCUCAGAGAAGAGCUCUUCCCCAAAUCAAAAUCAGCAUGGCUAAUGCUCUUCACCCCUCAAUGGUUCUCUACAUCCAUGACAUCACCGUCGAUUUCAGCAAGUCGAAAACGAACAUAGAAUCUGCUGAAUUGCGAAUUGGCGAUUCACAUUCGCCAAUUGAACACAAAGUAGAAAAGAGUUUGCGACACACAUUUUCUUCACCCAUGGUGCUUCUUCACGGGGAAUCAUUUUCCUUACAUAUACGGCACAAGAAACAUUUUCUGAGAAUCAAGCGUCGUCAUGAAAACAUUACUUUUGAUCCAGAUGACAUGUCCCGUGCAUAUAAUGCAAGUCAACAAGAAUACAACAAGGUCCAUAGCAACAUCACGAUCGUCGUCAAACUUUCCAGUAGUACAACAGCCGAACAGUCCGUCUCUCCUGAUCAAAGCCUUCAGCCUACUACUGUCGAAAUAUUUCAGCACUGUCCUCGGUUCCGAAUUCUAGUGAUAGGAAAGGCUGGCGUCGGCAAAUCAUCGCUGAUCAGCCAGGUAUUUGGAGUAGAAAAAGAGAUCGUUGCGCACGAUAAGCCAGGCCAGGCUGACAUCAACAAAGAGUUCAUCUCACUUCGGAACAACAAGUUUGUUCUUCACGAUAGCAAAGGUUUUGAACCAGGGGACGAAGACAACCUCAAAAAAGUCCAAGAUUUCAUUGACCGUCGGAGGGAAAUGCCUCCGGAAGAUCAGUUGCAUGCCGUUUGGCUUUGCUUUGAGAUACCCCGUGCAGGCGGACGUUUGCUAGAGACUGGAGUGGAGAAAUUCCUGGAAUCGCAAAACAGUGUAACGCUGGAAAAUGUUCCCGUUAUCGUCGUUCUUACUAAGUACGACAUGCUCAUCGAACGCAUGGAGCGAACUCUAAGUGGAAGCUUUUCGAGCGACGAAGACCACAAGGAACGCGCCAAGAAGAACGCGGAAGCCUGGCUGCAGGAAACCUGCAUUGGACCUCUAAAGCAAUUUGCAGCGCUUAAUAUUCCCAGCGCUAAGAUCUCUACCGAAGGAGGCUAUGAAGAGACGCUCACCGACCUGAUCCAAAUAACUGAAAAGUGUGUCGGCCAGCACUCCGCGUCGGAGGCCUCAGCGACGGCCUCCAUCACUCAACCCACUGCGCCUGAGACUGCGGUGAUGACCUCCAUCGCUCAGCGAGUGGAUCCUGGACUCAAAAUAAAGGCAUCAAUCGAAGUUGGCAAGAAAAGAUACUGGAAUACGCUUGCGUCAUCCCCAACAUUCAAGAAUCGCAAGAUGUGGGAUUGUCUAGAUGUGCUUCACACUGACAUCGUCAAUGUGUGGAACUUCCAUGACCCUUAUCAUUACUUGCACAGUCGAGAGUUCAGGGAAUUGAUGACGACCGUGGUCGAUAACAUACAAGUUGGACCGACAGCUGAUCCCACCAACAUCAAGACUCCAUUAUCCAUGGUGGGCGCUAUUGCGGGCAUCGUGUCCGACCUGGCGGGACCUACGGCUCCCAUCGUAGUACCGAUAGCAGUAGGUGCCGUACUCGCCGCAUGGGUUCACGAGGUAUACCAGAUAUCCCGCCCGGUGCUUCGGCGCUUCAUGGCCUACAUCAUUCACCUAACGCUUGUGUUGCAGACGCUUUUUAUCGUGUCAGAAAGCCAGGACAUCACUCCUAGGGCAAUCAAGCUCGCGGUUACUUCCUACCUCGCCUCCCCAACGAGCGGACAAGUCCUUACUUGCAUUCAAGAUUAUGAUGAGCAAUUGAACAUCCUAGAACGCCCGGAUCGCGAAAUCUUGAAUAAGAUCAUUGAAGUGAUGCAAAAGUACGAGAUCAAUGGGGCACAAAUAUCUGAACUUCGGGCAGAUGUUCCUCCUGUGGAUUUGUCGUCGGACGAACCAUGGUAAAUCGAGAAGUCGUAGCACUCGGUUGUUUCUUUCCCGGAUGGUUUUGCGCGUGGCGGUGUUUCAGUGCUGACGCGAUUGCAAACAUUGCAAGCUUGUACUAUGUAAGCGGAUUUAUGACCGAUCACAACACUGUAGCCUAUGAUACACUAGUACUGUUGUAUUAUUGUAAGUUAGGUUUACUAAUAGCUACAGCCUGACUUGAAAACUCACGACUCAUCUGUAUAGUAAUCUAGUAAGUAGUAGUCCAAAGUCUGAUAUACAACUAGUACUAUUAUCUAGGGAUAUCAUAUCAGC